AUGUUUCCCUCAUCGGUCCGGCGCGUCGUCUCCUCCGCUCCUCAGACGGGGCUGGCCUCGUCGCUGGCUUCAACUGCUCGAGCUGCCGCCACCACGGUUCCGGUCUUUGUUCGCGGCCAUCAACGCCGCUACUCGUCCUCCAAACCCUCGAAAUCCGAUAAUGGCUCGAGCGAUAUCUCUACUGGCCAGUCUGUUGCGGCCUCUGGCACCUCACGAAACGAAGGCAAGACGAACACCGAGAAAAGGAAACGAAAGAGCAAGGUUGCCUCCGAAAAGGGUGCCUCGUUCAAAAAACUCCCAAGUGUCCCUAGCACUCACCACAUCUCCCAAGAAGCUCUUGGCUUAUCGAGCUUCUUUUCGCUACAUCGCCCCAUUUCUAUUACUCAGACCAUGCCGCGAGCCGUAACCGACGAGCAUUUUGCCUCCAUUUUCACCCCCCGAACAAAGGCAAACAGAACGUCUGACACCAUGUCCACGAUAUCUAAUACUAUCGACCAGUUAGAGGGUCCCGUGGCGCAGUUGACGAUUGGUGGUCAUGAGGACCAAGGAAUGGGCAAUGGCCUUCACAAGCUUGAAGUCCGAAACCCAGAUGGCAGCGAGUCGAGCGUGUACCUCCAGGUUGAUACCAUGUCUGGCGACUUCUUGCCGUUCUGCCCCCCACCUCUGCCCCAGGCUGAGUCUGCUGCUGAGGGAGAGGGCCUUACCGCCGAAGCCGAAGCUGUGGAAGAAGAACCGCAUCACCGCGUCUACAAGGCCAUGUUCACUAUUGAGGAGUCUACUGAACCCGACGGUCAGAUUCGAAUUGUCGCGCACAGCCCUCGCAUUGUCAAUGAUGCGCAACCGCGCACCUUUUUGGCACGCAUGGCCCAGCGACAACUCCGAGCCGACGGAGUCCGGGGGCGUCGUGAUAUGUACGCCAUAAGUGUCAAGAGGCAACGAAAGCUCAAGAUGAAGAAGAAGAAGUAUAAGAAGCUCAUGAAGCGCACUCGAAAUCUCCGCCGAAAGUUGGAUAGGACGUAG